GUAUGUGUGCGUGCAUACCACUACCACAUGUUUGCUUUGUAUGACAGUAAUAAACUAGCGGUGCCACUAAACGGUUGUUUCAUUUCUAUUGUAUACAACAGCUGGCGACGAAGUGCGUUAUCUACCCUCGCGUAAAAAAAAAAAAAUAUAUAUAAAAAAAUGACUAAUUUUAUCGGAAAUAUCUCUAAUUUCGAUCAUAAUGUGCAAGAGUGGCAGAUAUUUUACGGACGUUUUGAACAGUUUGUGAAAAUAAACAACAUCAAUGAUGGGAAUCGAGGUGCAUUGUUAUUGACAUUGUUAUCCGACGAUACCUACCGUUUGGCACGGAAUUUGGUACAUCCUGAUAAGUUGGAGGAUGUCAAAUUCGACGAGCUAGUUAAGAAGCUAAGCAGUCAUUUCACACCGAAGCGGAGUGUAUUCGCUGACAGAGCGAAUUUUUACGCGGCGACACGGGGUACGGGAGAAAGCGUCGAAGAUUGGGUUGCGCGACUGCGCGGGCUCAUCGUACAUUGCGAGUUCGGCAGCGCAUUGGAAUCUCAUCUACUCGAUAGAUUCGUGCUGGGCAUGAAUGCGGGUCCCGAGCGGGACCGACUAUUCGAGUUGGACGCAACUACGUGCACCUUCGCGAAGGCGGUGGAAGUGGCGCAGCAGAUGUCGUGUGCGCGGCUCGCGCGGGCCCAGCCCGGCGCCGGCGCCGCGGGUCUGAACGUCAAGGAGGAACCGGUGUACCGGGUCAGCGGAGCGAAGGGUGACGUCGACCGAUCAAAAGGAGUACACCGUUGUUCUGUAUGCGGAUUAAAAAAUCAUGACGCGGCUAAGUGUCGGUUUAAAAAUUAUCGUUGUCAAGUGUGUGGUGAAAUAGGUCAUCUUAAAAAAGUGUGCAGUGGUAAAAAAUCGAUAAAUUCGCGUAUACAUAAUAUCAAUUCCGUUCCGGAAAAUUCUGAGAAGAGCGAGUGCGACAAUUGCAAGGAGUGUCAAGUAUUUAAUCUAAGGUUUCCAAAUUAAGGUCGAAGGAGUGAUGUGUAUGUGUGCGUGCAUACCACUACCACAUGUUUGCUUUGUAUGACAGUAAUAAACUAGCGGUGCCACUAAACGGUUGUUUCAUUUCUAUUGUAUACAACAGUAACCCACUUUGUUUUAAGGUUUUUCUUUAUUAUGUAUUUUUAUUUGGUAUGAAUAAAUAAUUGAAACUUA